CAGUGAGGAAUUAGGAAAUAUUCCUCGGGAGAUUUUACCAAAACUUCAGAACUAUCUUUCACGCAGACAGGCAUACAAACAAGCUCGAGGAUGAGGAGCCUUCUCCGGUUUCUGGCAGUCUGCACCGCCAUCUCUCUCUGUCUCUGCUACGAGUCUAAUGAAAGCACAGAGUCCGAAGAAGAUUUGUUUGUGCCUCCAAACCGGGCCCACUCGUUCAUCCGGCCGCCAAACAGAGGCUCGACCCAGUACAUCAGGAGGAAACUGAAGUCUCCGGCGGAGGCACGUGCAGAGAUCUGUGAGGACUACUCUCCCUGCCGCAUCUACGCCUAUCGCCACGGCUCUCAGUAUGCCUUUGACAGAUACUUCGGGUCCCAGACUCAACCCCAAAGGCCAGCCGUGACUCGCAGAAACUAAGCUCGAAUGCAAACGCAUCAUUUAUCAACCUGGUCCUUUAAUCCACGUAUCAGUAGCUUUAUAUAUAAUUUAUGUUGUAGUUUUUGUGCCCCCCCUCUGGAGGUGAUUUUAUGAAUUCCAGAGGCACCCAGCGUGGCUCAGACCCCCCCGCCGUUAUAUAUCCGUGUGGAGCUUCACGGCUCAUCUCUUGUGUAAUCUCAGGAUGGCUUUUCGUCUGCUAUUAUCACACCUUCCCAGCAUUUAUGAGCUCUAUGGGAUCAGCUUGAAUGAACCGUUUUUUCACUAUCCACUAACAGUUUCUUAUCCAACUACUUAUCCAAAGCAGCACUGCUGUCAGUGAUUGAUGCAUUUGCUUUGAGAGAAAUAAAAAAAAAAUAAAAAUCCA